UUAUUAUGUACAGUGGAUGACAUAUCUUCUUUUUAGAGUAUUUAAAUUUCACUUACAUUAAUUUAUAUUUAGUCAUAUCAAUAGUUAAAUAUUAUAUAAAUUUAUAUUAUCAUUGAGAAUAGGUUAUGUUUAUUUGCACUGUUUGGUUUAGUGCAUGUAAAUAGUUCUUACAGGUUUUCUUGUUUGUCUGUUUUUCUUCAAGAAUGGAGUCCCGGACGGAAUUUAAAAUAAAGUCACCUCCAACCGAUGCAAUUUCGGCGGUAGAAUUUGGUCCGAAUUCGACACAGUUUCUUCUUGUUUCUUCAUGGGAUAGUACAGUGCGGUUGUAUGAUAUUCAUGCCAAUACUAUGAGAUUAAAAUAUAAUCAUGAUUUGCCAGUUCUAGAUGUUGCAUUUCAGGAUGCUGUUCAUGCUUACAGCGGUGGUUUAGGAAAUACCCUAAAGAUGUAUGAUAUUAACAGCAAUACUGAAUCAGUAAUGGGAACACAUGAUAAACCAAUUAGGAAAAUUGAAUAUUGUGCUGCUGUAAAUGCAAUAUUAACUGGUGGUUGGGAUGCAGCAGUAAAACUUUGGGAUCCCAGAACACCUACCUGUGUAGGUAGUUAUUUACAACCCGAUGUUGUUCUGGCUUUAUCUGUAUGUGGAGAUAAAUUUGUAGUAGGCACAGCUAAACGAAAAGUAUGUAUCUGGGAUUUGAGAAACAUGGCUGGUAUGUUUCAAAGACGUGAAAGCAGUUUGAAGUAUCAAACACGUUGUAUCAAAGGUUUCCCUAAUGAACAAGGAUAUGUUCUUAGUAGUAUAGAAGGCCGUGUUGCUGUUGAAUAUCUUGAUACUACGCCGGAGGCACAAAAAAAGAAAUAUGCUUUUAAAUGUCACAGAAUAAAGGAAAAUAAUGUAGAACAUAUAUAUCCAGUAAAUGCUAUUAGUUUUCAUUCGACAUAUAAUACAUUUGCAACUGGUGGUUCGGAUGGUUACGUGAAUAUUUGGGAUGGUUUUAACAAAAAGCGUUUGUGUCAAUUUCAUAGAUAUAAUGCUGGUGUUGCUGCCCUUAGUUUUAGCCAUGAUGGUUCUGUGCUUGCCAUAGGAGUAUCAUAUUUAAAUGAAGCUGAAAUUCCGCCAGGUGGAAAUGAUGAGAGGGAAAUUUAUAUACGAUAUGUGAAUGAUCAAGAAACUAAACCAAAAUAAUACCACACUGUUAUAAACAAUUUUGUACAAAAGAAAUAGAUUAACAAUUUUUUAAUUAUACCGAAGCCUUUUCAAACACUGAUAACCAGUUUGUAAUAUAUAUAUACUGAUAAUGUUC